CUUGCUCUCAACCACCUUCAUUGCUGUAGCCCGCGCACGGGGGUCUUUACAGCAUGUAUUUUCAGCCACAUAAGUGGAUGAUAUUGACAGCAGAGGCUCUCGACAAUCUCGUUCGAGGGGUAUGCGCAUGUCGACGCGAAGUUGACCGUUACUUCGACCCUUUCGUCCGAGUAGUAUACGCUAAGGUCAGUGCAUCAAUCAUAGUACACAGUAAGCAGACUAUUUCAGGUGCUAACACUGCGCUAAACGUCAAAACCUGCAAGGCAUCUGGACUUCAUGGAUUCAUCUCGGUUCGCAUCGAACCUCUCGUUUCUCGCCCACAUACGGCUCGCUCUCUCUGCAAACCGUCAGCGUCCUCUGACUUGAUAUGUCUCUGCAAGCACACCUCGCGAACUUCCCUGCUGGCUUCAAGGGCGACAUCGUCACCCGGGACCACCCAGGAUACGAAGAAGCCAUCCGGCGCUGGUCCCGCUCUGCCGAGCGUCGCGCAGCUGUAGUCGCGUACAUCAAGGACGCCGAGGACGCAGCCAUCGCCAUCGCAUACGCGCGCGCUCAUGAGUUACCCAUCGCCAUUAAAGGUGGUGGUCACAGCUCCGCUGGCGCGUCUUCCGUCGAGGAUGGUCUGGUCAUCGACUGCUCGCGAUACUUGCGGUACUGCCGCGUAGACCCAGUGCGGAAGACUGCGCGCGUUGGUGGCGGUACGCUCUGGGAGAUGGUGGACAAGGCCGCCUACGAGCAUGGACUGGCUACGGUUGGCGGCACCGUGAAUGAUACAGGCAUUGCAGGUCUCACUCUCGGCGGGGGCUUUGGCUAUCUCUCUGGCCAACAUGGGCUCGCUCUGGACAACAUGAUAGAGGCGACAGUGGUGCUUGCCGAUGGGACAAUUCUACUCGCAAGUGCUACUAAACAUGCCGAUCUCUUCUUCGGUAUUCGCGGCGGCGGUUCAAAUUUUGGAGUCAUCACCGAGUUCGUCUUCCGUCUACAUGAGCAGAAGCCGAUGGUGUUCAGUGGCUUCCUGUCGUUUCGUUCGUCCGAUAUACCGCGACUGGUGAACGCCAUCGAACACUACUGGCAAGUGCAGGAUCCACGGGCCUGUAUGUUCAUGACUUUCAGCGCAAAGAACGGUAUUCGAUGCCUCAUCUUCUACGAUGGGUCGAGGCAUGAAGCGCACCGCCAUUUCGCCAGGUUCUUUGGAAUUGGACCUACCUCCAAUACCGCCAAAGAGAUACCAUAUGUCGAAGCGAAUGCGACUCUGAAUGAGACCUUUAAGCCCGGUGCAUCCGAAUACCAGAAAUCAAUCGGACACCCAGUACCCACAGUAUCACUGCUGGAAGAACUGAACGGGAUGGUCAAGGCGUACGGCGCCGCCGAUGGUCCGAGCCCUAUCGUCAUUUUUAGUUUCUGGCCCAAGAAACGUCUCAUGGAACACCACGUCACAGAAUGCGCCUUCCGCCACGACCCAUACCCCGACCUCGCCCUCAUCGCGAUCUACAAGUCAAACACCCCCGAGAAUCUUACGAUGGCGCGCGCGAGGGUUUACGAGCUGUACGACUUCGUCCGGGGCUUCGACGCCAUGUCCGGCAUGAGCACUUCUGCGCUGGCUGGGUACGCGAACAAUGACGACGAGGCCGCGUCGACGGAGCUCGAGAAAAGGGCGAAGCGGUCUCGCGAGGCGUUUGGCGAUGUAUACCCCAGGCUGCAGGAGAUUAAGAAGAAGUACGACCCGGACAUGGUGUUUAAUAGGUGGUAUCCUAUCAUACCUGCUUGAAUCAGAUGGGUCAGCUACGUGUCUCUUGUUAACGCUUAACGAUACAAAGACGCUGAUCAAUAGCGCGGAGUUGAACUUGAAC